AUGGUCUCCCCUAGUGUUCUCGCUUUUGACGCUGAGGGUCGAGCCAUCGACUUUGAGGUUUGGGUAGAUAACCUGCAGCUCUUCUUACAGUGCUAUAGGGCAGACGGUCUCUCCCUCUUUGACCUCACCUCUGGCGCCUCUCCUGCCCCUGCUGCUGAUGCUGACCCCACUGUUCGCUCCCAGUGGGCCACGCGCGAUGUUGCUGCACGUCUUGCUGUGCGUCGCCACCUGCCUACCUCUGAGCGCGCGCACUUUACUCAGUACAAGAGUGCUCACACCUUAUACGACGCUGUAGUUGCGCGCCACUCUUCCCCUGCCACUGCUGCACUGAGCCGCCUCAUGCUACCGUACCUCUUUCUUGACCUUGCUGCCUUUCCCACAGUCGCUGACCUCGUUACGCACCUCCGCACUAGUGACACUCGCUACCGCGCCGCACUUCCUGCUGAGGACCACUUCCUCUCAGUCUGUCCCACCACUCUCACUGUUGACCCCUUAGAGAAGGCCCUCCUCGCAGCGGAGAAGAGCAUAGUCGCUGUAGGAGCCUCUCCUGGUGACCCUCGCACCCCCAUCUUUGAGGGGUGUUCCCCUUCCCCCCUUUUGUCCUCUGUCGCCUCUGCUGCUGCGGCCGACCUCGUUGGUCUUGAGUCGGUCGGUGCGGCGUCUGCCCCUAGCGGGAGACGCCGCUCUGGCAAGGGCAAGGGUGGCAAGGGCGCGGGUGGGGCUAGCGGGGGUGGUGGAGGUGGCAAUGGGGGCGGCGGGGGAGUGGGGGUGGCGGUGGGAGUGGUGGCGGGGGUGGAGGUGGCGGUGGCAGUGGCGGAGGCGGAGGCGGCGGUGGCGGUAGCGGUGGGAGCGGCGGCGGCGGUGGCGGCGGAGGUGGAGGCGGCGGUGGUGGAGGAGGUGGAGCUGGUUGGGGUGGUACUUCUCAGCGGAGCGGCUCCGGGAGUGGUCAGCGCCAGCAGCAGCAGCGUUCUCUGGACAUCCCCCCUCCUCAGCAGCUCCGUGAGUGGUACACGCAGCGUCAGCGUGGUGGGGGUUGUCUAG